AUCAACAAAAAGCCCAACGAAAAAAAAAACAGAACUAGCCGUUAGAGUGCUUCCCCUACAAGUUUCUUUCUUUCCAUUCCAAUCCCUAAUUCAUUAUCCUUUCUUCAGAAUCAGUUCAUACUUCUCACUCUUCUACUCUUCCAUUUUACUCUAUCAUCGCAAUCCCUAAAUUGAAUCGCAUCAACGUUCUUGUCUUUUUCCGUUAAAAAUCGCUAAUCACACUCUAAUUUCUCAAACCCUACCAUGGCCGCUAAAACAGUUACCAAAGACAUAAUCACUCUUCGUGGUUCUGCAGCAAUCGUUAGCGAGUUCUUCGGUUAUGCUGCAAACAGUAUCCUUUACAACCGAGGUGUUUAUCCAGAAGAAACGUUUGUGAAGGUGAAGAAAUAUGGCCUUCCAAUGUUGCUUACUGAAGAUGAGGGUGUUAAAUCUUUUAUAACCAAUUUAACUGCUCAGCUUUCUGAAUGGCUUGAAGCUGGCAAGUUACAGAGGAUUGUCCUUGUUAUAAUGAGCAAGUCUACUGGUGAAGUUCUUGAAAGGUGGAACUUCAGCAUUGAGACAGAUAAUGAGGUUGUUGAGAAGGGUGUGUCAAGGGAGAAGAGUGACAAGGAAAUCAUGAGAGAGAUACAAGCCAUUAUGAGGCAGAUUGCUUCUAGUAUCACCUAUUUGCCUUGCCUGGAUGAACCAUGUGUUUUUGAUGUGUUAGCAUAUACCGACACAGACGUGGCAGUUCCAUUCACUUGGAUUGAGAGUGAUCCAAAGCUGAUUGAAAAUCCGCAAAUGGUGAAAUUGCAUUCCUUUGAUACUAAGAUUCACAAGGUUGACACACUUGUAUCAUACAAGAAUGACGAAUGGGAUGAGCAGUAAAGCUGAGCGAUCUUGUCAUGUUGUUCUGUUUGUGUGCUUUUUUCAAAUCAAGUGAAUUGUUGUUUCUGUUGUGAAUUUUCUAUUCACAUUGUUAGAUAUGUGUACUUAUGUGGAUGUCAAUAUGUAUUAAUCACCACUUUUUGUAUUGUUUGCCUUCUGGCACAAAGAAUUGAUAUGUGUAAUAGGGAUGUCAAAAAAAUUCCCUAAUCUUUUAAGAAUUAUGGUUGGUUUGUACUCA